UUAUUAUCAUUAUCAUCUUAAUGUAGCUUUUUAUUUGUUGUUAUCAUAAUUAUAUUGUAGCCCUUUACAAUUUCUUUUGUUGGUAAUAUAGCAUUGUGGUGGGAAAGUUAUGGAGUACAUUGCAAAGAGCUUCAAAACUUAGCUAUACGUGUCUUAAGCCUAACUUGUAGUGCAACGGGAUGUGAAAGAAAUUGGAGUACUUUUGAUCAUGUACACACUAAAAAAAGAAAUCGUCUUGAGCAACAAAGAGUGAAUGCUUUGGUGUUUGUAAACUAUAAUAUUAAUUUGGAGUUGAGACAAAUAAAGAGAGAAGAGAAUGGUGACUCAUAUGAUUCAAUUUGUCUAUCGGAUAUGGAAUCUGAUGAUGAAUGGAUUACCGAAAAGGAAGAACCUUGCUUGCCAGAAGAUACUUCAUGGAUGGACAUUCAUGAAUGCUUUGAAGUUAAUGAGGAAGGAUGUAGUAGAAAAAGAAAGAGAGGUCCAAGAAAUUUGAAUGCCAAAAAGAAAAGUAAAGAAAAAGUUAUUGAAGUUGAAGAACCAGAAGAGAUAGUGGAUGUUGGAGAUGAUGAAGAAGAUGUACAAGAAGAUGCCAAUGAUGAAAUGAUUUUGCAAGAUGAUGAAGAUGAUAACUUCAUUGACUUGGACUAUGGAGAUGAUUUUGAUGAUUUUGAUUAG